AUGGACGAGAAGUACCUGCCCGAGCUGAUGGCGGAGAAGGACUCGCUGGACCCGUCCUUCACCCACGCCUUGCGGCUGGUCAACCAAGAAAUUGAAAAAUUCCAAAAAGGGGAAGGAAAGGAAGAAGAAAAGUAUAUUGAUGUAGUCAUCAAUAAGAACAUGAAGUUGGGACAGAAGGUUCUGAUUCCAGUAAAACAAUUCCCUAAGUUCAACUUCGUGGGAAAACUUUUGGGUCCACGUGGUAAUUCUCUAAAGCGUUUACAGGAAGAAACACUGACAAAAAUGUCUAUUUUGGGAAAAGGUUCUAUGAGGGACAAGACAAAGGAGGAAGAGUUGAGAAAAAGUGGAGAGGCAAAGUAUUUCCACCUAAAUGAUGACCUACAUGUUUUAAUUGAAGUAUUUGCUCCACCUGCAGAAGCAUAUGCCAGAAUGGGACAUGCAUUAGAAGAAAUCAAGAAGUUUCUCAUCCCUGACUACAACGAUGAAAUCAGACAGGCACAGCUUCAAGAAUUAACAUAUUUAAAUGGUGGCUCAGAAGCUGCAGAAGUUCCAGUUGUCCGUGGAAAAGCAUCAAUUCGAGCAAGAGGAGUACCUGUUCCUGCUUUGUCCAGGGGCCGUGGGGGAGUGCCUCCACCCCCAGCAGGAGUGCCCAGAGGUGCACCAGCUCCCAGGGGAGUCCCUCCCAGCAGAGGACCAGUGAGUCGGAGCCGGGGACUUCUGGCAGCCAGAGCACGAGGGGUUCCUCCCCCAGCAGGGUACCGGCCCCUGCCACCGCCCCCGGCCCAGGACACCUACGGGGAGUAUGAGUAUGAUGAUGGCUAUGGAGCUGCUUAUGAUGAGCAAAGCUAUGAUUCCUAUGAUAACAGCUAUAGCACUCAAGCACAAAGUGGAGCAGAUUACUACGACUAUGGCCAUGGACUGAGUGAAGACACCUACGACUCCUAUGGGCAAGAAGAAUGGACCAACUCACGACACAAGACACCUUCUGCAAGGACAACAAAAGGAGUCUACAGAGACCAGCCAUAUGCCAGAUACUGA